AGAUCUCAUGUGACCAGGAGUCGACGUGUGCAGAAGUCCUGGUAAUCUGGUCCUUGUUCCCGUCUGGAUACCAGCUUCCUUCAGCAGCGCAGGCGGUGGUCCCUGAGGCCAGUGGAAGGAGUCAAACUUGCGGGAAUUUUGCAGUUUAUCUGCAGGUCUGUUGUUUCCAGCAAGACCCAAAGCUAGAAAAGGAGGAGGAAGAAACUGACCCUAUCAGUGCCAGAAGUCAUUGUAUUCAAAGAAGAAUAAGCAAGAAAGAAAAGAAGGAAGGAAGGAAGAGAGAUAGACAGAUACAAGAUGAAAUCUUGUCAAAAAAUGGAAGGAAAACCAGAAAAUGAGAGUGAACCAAAGCAUGAGGAAGAGCCAAAGCCUGAGGAAAAGCCAGAGGAGGAGGAGAAGCUAGAGGAGGAGGCCAAAGCAAAAGGAACUUUUAGAGAAAGGCUGAUUCAAUCUCUCCAGGAGUUUAAAGAAGAUAUACACAACAGGCAUUUAAGCAAUGAAGAUAUGUUUAGAGAAGUGGAUGAAAUAGAUGAGAUAAGGAGAGUCAGAAACAAACUUAUAGUGAUGCGUUGGAAGGUUAAUCGAAACCAUCCUUACCCCUAUUUAAUGUAGUUUACCUUGAUUUUUAUCUGAUAUUGACAAUACCAUAUGGCUUGCUUUUUAUUAGCAUUUCCUGAUAUUCCUUUGUCCAUAUUUCUACUUAUAACCUGUUGCUAUUAAUGGUUUUAGAUGUAUCUGUUGUUAUCUGCAUCUCAUUGUUUAUUGUAUUUUGAACCAAUCUACAAGUCUCUGUCUUUUAAUAAAAGAACUUUACACAUUUGUAAAAAA